UUUAACGUCAAUGUUUAUCAAUUAUUUCGACAAUAUUGUAGUCUGGCAACUUUGCGUCAACUGACAUAUGACAGUUGUCGGAAAAUUCCUUUUAGCUGCAUGAGAUUGAAGGUUACUAUAGCCGGUGCAAAAUAUGGCAAUGGCACGAAAGGGAGUCCUUAACGUGAUGCAAAAAUUAGGGUCCGGGACCAAAUUGGCGUGUCAUGGAUUUGGACAACAGAAUAGUCGCGCAUUAAGUAACCAUCAUAGGAGACUACACAUUUCCUCUGCUAUUCAAAUUUUUGGACGAAAGUCUAACAGCCAACCAAUUGGAAGAUUGUAUACAACAGAAAGCGCAAAAAAAGCUUCAAGUCCGGAAAUUUUGUCAAAGUUGUUUCCCCAAACUGCAGCCAAUGUUGAUGAAGAGACUGAACGCGAAAGAAAACGCAAAGAGGAGGAAGAGGCUAAGGAAAAUGAAAAGGCUUGGAAACGUAUGAAAAUUGGAUUUGCAGUAUUUGGUGGUAGUGGCAUUGCACUAGCCAUAUGGGCUGUAUAUGAGUUCGGGAAACCCGAGGUAGAUGUCGAAGGACAAGUAAUUGAAGAUGAAUUCAGCAAAAGCCCUGUCAUCCAGCAGUAUAUACAGCGUAUGUGGAAAUCCAUGAAUUACUACCAGAAAAUGAUUCAGGAGCCAUCACGCGACAAGCUUUUGCCAGAUCCUCUUAAACAUCCAUACAUACAGCCGCCGUACACAUUAGUCCUUGAAAUGAAAGAUGUUCUUGUACAUCCUGAUUGGACAUACCAAACUGGUUGGAGGUUUAAAAAACGCCCCGGUGUCGAUCAUUUCUUACAAGAAUGUGCAAAGCAUUUCGAAAUUGUUGUAUUUACUGCCGAACAAGGCAUGACGGUAUUUCCGAUCUUAGAUGCUUUGGACCCUAAUGGAUACAUUAUGUAUCGCUUGGUACGCGAUGCAACUCAUUUUGUUGAUGGACACCACGUCAAAAAUUUAGACAAUUUAAACCGAGACCUGAGCAAGGUCAUUGUCGUGGAUUGGGAUCAAAAUGCAACUAAACUGCAUCCGGAUAAUACUUUCAACAUUGCCAGAUGGCUAGGCAAUGAUGACGACACGCAACUACUUGAUUUGAUAUCAUUUUUGAAAACUCUGGCAUCUGCUGAGGUUGAGGAUGUUCGUGAUGUUUUACAUUACUAUCGGCAGUUCGAUGACCCUAUAGCUCAAUUUAGAGAAAACCAACGGCUUUUACUAGAGCAAAUGCAAGAAAAAGAACGGGAAGAGCAAACCAAAUCAAAACCAAUUGUGAAAAAAUGGACGCCCAGCUUCCUCGGACGCUCAUCUUAAGCGGAAGCGCCCAAUAAAUUACUUUAAUAGAUCAUUGUUUUGCAUAGUUUUUAUUCAUUAAAAUGAAAAGUUUUCUUCAUUUAAA